UAGAAAUGGAACAACAAGUUUCCCGUCGCCGUUAAAGUCGCGAAUGUGUAACCAGAGUGCAAGUGUUUACAUUACUGCAAGUGCUCCAAAAUCGAUCCGUGUAUUGCCAACUUGACGAUUAUAAGAACUAUAUAACGUAUUUCUGACAUUCCUUACUGCUUAAAUGGAAAACCUUAAGAGAUUUGUAUAUUAAAGGCGUGGCACCGACUGUUUUUCGAAAUGCCGAACACCGAGAGACCCCGAGCACGACCAAAGCACCGGAAUAGGAGCAGGAUUCGAGCUCGGGCCGCCACGCCGGAGGAUGUCCUAGAGAAUCACCUGCAACAGCUUUUCGAGGAGCAGGAGCUACUCCACAACCUGCUGAUCAGCCAUCGACCCGGUAUCAAAUCCCAACUGGAAGAUCUCGGGGGCGAGAGCAACUAUGAGUUCGACACUCAGGACGAGGAUGGGGAUGAUGGAAUGGUGGAGCCCCUACAGGUGCCUAACUUAAAGGUAGAGCAAUCGAAAGAAGUAAUAGAAGAGGAUCAACAAGAGUUUAACGACAAACCGGAUCCCGUGAUCCUGGCCGAGGAUGUGGUGGACUUUUCAAGUUCUCCGGAACUGCCUAAGAUUCCGUCCCUGCCGCCGCGAAUGUAUCCAUAUCCUAUGAACCACCGCUCUAGUUGCAUUCCAUUGCCCUUUUUGGUGGGCAAGUGCACUCCGCCGAAGGUGAACGGUCAGGGAUUCGAUCCUCCCUUUAUGUAUCCAGAAUUUAUUGCAAAAAACCAGGAAAGUCGUGUGAAGUACAUCUUCACUUUAGUGGAUAGCUUGGUAGUUCAAAUGGAGCGUUUCCUUAAAAUAAGUGAACAUUUGAGAGGCGAAGGAGCCCCAAAGAAGCGUUCCACAGGAACUGUUCCCAAAUCCAGGCCCCCAAGUCAGUUCAAAAUAGAUCAGGUGGGCCAUGCCAAAUACACAAUCACUGUCAAUCCUCGUUUCAAGGAGCCAAAACAACACAACCAGUCCAAGAAUAAACUUUUGGCCAAAAGUAGGGAGCAAUCAUUUCAUCAAUUGCCAGUGAUACAUCCGGAACCGGAACUCGAUUUGGAUUACGAGUUUGGAAUGGAGCACAUUGAGAAAUUUCGGGCCAACAAGGUUCGGGACGAAUCUCGUGGAGGUACAGGAAUCGGCAAGGAUAAGAAAGAACCCACUUGUAAUACGGGAGCUGUGAAAAAGGAAGUGGUAAAAAAGAGAGACCCCCGUCCAAGUGGACCUCAUGAAUUUUUGGAUGGAUUCCCGGAAUGUUCAUUUCAAGGGGUGCGUAAGUCCACCAAGGCCAUUAAAAAGCAGGCAAAAUGGUUGAACAACGGGGGAGACACCCUUCGUCCUUCCACUCCCAUCACACGACCUUGUACUCCCGAUGACAACAUUCCCUGCACCUCCAACCAGGCCAAAAAUAAGAUCCCGACUUCACGAUUCUCCAGCAAGGAGGAGUUCUUUGACACCAAUUGCGAUUUUUUAAUCUACAAGGACUCACACCCGUCCGUAUCUAAAUCAGCAAAAACUAAGGCCCGUGGAGCUGCUGAAGAGCUUGCAGAUAAUAAGGCACCCCCGACCGAGAAUAAUCAAAGUGCUGAGAAGCCAACCCUUCAGCGAGGUAUAAAGAGGGAAAUGACAUUGACCGAAAUCAGACGUCUAGGACCAGAAUUGACGGAUUAUCAAUGGGACAUCAUUUACUUUAUGAGAGAGUAUAGAAAAGACAAAAAAUGGGAGGAAAAACAAAGGAAGGCAGGGAAAGUUCCAGGAAAGCGACCGGAAACGUUUAUGAAAUUGAAAAAAAGGAAUCUGGCCAGAGAGGAGCUUGCAAGGAAGUACUCUUAUGUGCCAAUUAAACGGGUAAAGAAGCGCCCAAAGUAUUAUAAAGCAUUUAAAAGAUACAAGGAAUUCCUGAAGGCCGAGCGCGAGUACAAAAAAAUCCAGCAAGCCCGCAAUCCUAUGCUCUAUCCAGCAAAGAAAAUGUCGAAAAAGGAAUACCGUUUGCGAAUGCAGAAAUUGCUGAAUAUUCGACCGCGGAAGAUCAUGAAACCGCGUCGUAUGCCAAAAACUAAGAUACGCAAUCAGCCAGUUGGAGAAAUGCCAAAAAGUUACGAAGUUACAAAACGCAACGAACCAAUAGACAGGGGUCAGAGAUUGAAGAACCUCCUAAUGGAUGGAGAACGACUGAGGAAGCAGGAGAGGCUGUAUCAUUUGGUCCUUCCCGAGGAUCCGCUGAAGGCCGUCUACUUGCCCGUUCUCGAGCGCAGAGAGAGCUUUAAAUCUUGUUUACAAUGUACUUCCAUACAAAUUAUGGAAAAUGACCCGGAAAGCGAUUUUCAGUCUGCCAGGUCCCAUCACAGCACCACCACGGAGUUCAAUUCAGUGAUGAGCAAGAUUCCGUCAGGAGGCAGUCUCUCAUGUCGCAGUUCAUACUCCACCUGCAGUGCACCUCCAUCGAGAGCCUCCUCCAAUGCCACCCUUUGCCACGAUGCCAAUCAACCAUCGGACACCUUUCAUUCCUGCAUGGAUAUUCCCGGAAGAAGUAUCCGAAAGCUAUUGCGCAUCAAGAAAGGUACAGAAAAACGUGGCAACAAGAAAUUGGGCAUGGAUCUCGGUGCCAUGGGAGAUUUGCCAAGGACAAAGGAUAAAAAUAAACGACGAAAGCCAGCCAAGGACAUUGCUCAGGAGGACUUGCAUGAGCCGGUGGUGCGGUACAUACCCUUAAAGGGGGAUUUUAGGUGCUAUUUCGAGCUGGAUGGCGUUUCCCUGCAGAUCAUCCAAUGGGUGGCAAGAAUGCGGUUCAGAAAGGGACCGAUCGAUGGUCAGAAGAGGAUCUGCAAGUAUUUGGCUCAUUUUUACUGGGAGCGUUUACUGCGCGAUGGCCUGUUCUUCCACUGGUUCGUCAACGAGGGCUUCUUUCCGGCUCACUAUCUCACGAAGGAGCGAACCGCCGAGGAGCUGGAGACGCUGACCAAUUCCCAGCUAGACGAUGAGAUUGUUAAGUAUAUAGACAGCGUGAACACUCCAGAUGGGGAACGAAUACUCUUCACUUUUAAGAUGGCCCACGUGAUGGUGGUCUCCUACUUCAGGGUGCUCUACUAUCGGGCCACCUCCGAACGGAGACCGCCCGAGGAGAGAUUCUUGCUGAGGUGCCGCUUUGCCACUUCGAUGGUGGAACUGUAUCAACAGGAGCGAGGUCGUCAGUUGUUGAAGGGAGGAAUCAAUUGCCUGAAACUGCUUCAUUGGGCCCUCCGGCACGAGGGUCGCGUCAAUCAGGUAUACGAUGAGCCCGUUAGCAAUGCCGAGGAACGAGCCGGCAUAAACACCUGUCUGGUGAUGCGGACCCCCAAUUUGGAGUCCUUAAAGGAGUUCUACCAACGACGCGUAGUGCCGCGACCCGAUGCACUGGCCAUCAAUCCCAUGGCCUCGAGAAUCAGGCGUUAUCCCAACAAGGAUCGGGCCCGACCCGCCGACUUCCUGUGCCCCAUUCAGGGUUGCCUCAGCGGGCUAAACUCACAGAUCCUAAUGGCCCACUUCCUCAGCGACCACUGUCGCCGAAUGGAGGAACUCUGGCUCACGGACCGCAUGGUUCUGCUCUUCUAUCCGGACUGCUAUCCUCCCAUGCAGAUCUACUGCAUCUGUGUGCUCGCCUUGCUGGGCAGAAUGCCGUGCAACAUGGUGCCGCAACCCAGGCUUGUGCUCAACCAAGAGCUACCCUCGAAACUUCUCUAUUUCGCCGAACACAUACCCUGUUUCUUAAUGUUCGCCCAGGUCGCCAUGGAGUCGGUUGAGGCGUCGGUGGGUCGGAAGUUAUCACCCGUGAAAACAAAGCACGGUAAGGACCCUCUAGUUCCACAUGAUAAGGACCAUGCCACCAUGUAUAUAUUUUGGCUCGCCACCGCCGAUCAUGAUUAUCCAAAUGUUGCAUGUAGAGUUUAUAUUUAUUGCCAGGAUCGCAGCGUCAAGGGCAGGUCCCUAUUGGACUUCAUGAAAAUGUCAGAAUUUAAAGGCGUGCCCGACAUGGUCACCAAUUAUCCGAAAAGCUAUCUGGCCAUCGAUUAUCCCACAAUGGUAUCGCUUACCAAGGAUUUUAACGAGCUUAUUUUCAUCGAAGUGCGAUAUGUCAAUAAAUUGGUUGACGAUCCCGAAGAUUCUGGUGAUGAGGUCUUUGAUGUCUAAGAUCGGGAGAACCUCUUUGAAAGACAUUUUGAGGGCUUUAUAUACAUAUUUAUUUUUAUACGCUUGUGGUAACUGAUGUUUUAAAAAUUGUUACGUAAUUUCCAAUAAAUAAA